CACCAUUUUUGUUUUGUUUUCGCUCUGGCGAGCGCGUCAACUUGAGAAAAUCCCAAUCCAACACAACAUGGAACAUCUCAACAAUAGAUGGUCUUGCUAGACCAAAAUAAAAUGUCUCGACUAGUGUGAAUUACCUCACUUCGUUCCAUACAUCAAACUUGGUAUUGCUGUGUCUCGUGGCAGGAACGACUAAGCACGCGACCAUGCCUGGCGAAUCACGGUCGAGCGGCAAUCGAGCAGUGUUCCAUUCCACUGACCCGGAGCAAUUAUUUGGUAGCAGGCGCUUUAUCCGUCGCCCUUCAAAGUCGCCCUUCAAAUUGCUCGCCUAACCUAGCUUAGCUAAGGUAAGUAGGUACCUAGUUACCUAGGUAAUUAAGACAUGAGCACAUGUCCAUCAAAAACAGGCCCGACGUUGAGGCCCGACGUUAGCGUGCUGUCAAUCCACUGGUCCUGAAUAUCUCUCUGCCUUGUUCCCCUCGUAAUCCCGAGCUCUUGUCUCGGAACCGACCUAAUCGGACCUAAAAUAGCUCUCCUGCUCCGGAGCAUUAACGAUGGGGGGAGGAGCCAAGUCGCAGAAACAAAACCGUCUCAUGCUAAAAAUUUCCCACCAGAGAUAAGGGACGAACGUUGCAUGAUUGAAAUGUUUGGCGGUAUCUGUGAGUGUAAAAAUGUUCGGACAUCUUCCUCCUAAUGUCCGGCAAUCCAAUGAAUUUUUUUUUCCCUCUUUUAUCCGAUUCUUCCUCUUUUUUUGAACAGAUGGCGGCAGUUUAUGACAUUACCUUUUCGUCGGUUAGAUCAUUUCUCUGAUAUUGAUGCAUCAAGCACAAGGGAUUCGCCGGAACAUGCAGCUGUGCUGCGCUUCACCGAAACAGGAUCGAUAUAACCUUAGCAUACAUAUGCUAUCCUCUCACCUCUUGAAAGCAUUGUAAAUAACGGCUGCUUUCGUCAAACUCUAAGAUUUUCCGUGUCCGCCAUCAAACAUCCACAAUCGACUCAACCGCGACAAUGUCACAGUCAACAACUAUUUCCAUUUGCAAACCUGCACUCCAAACUGAAAGCGCGGAGCUGGAUAGUCAGGUCGACUUGAGCAGCCAACCCAGCUCAUGGGGGCUAGUCAACACUGUUUUGCGCGUGGAUGUUCUCUUGAUCAACGCACUCGUCGUGCUCAAGCUGGCCAUGCACUGGUGCUCGACGUCAGAGCAGCCCUCAGAGCCACUACCGAGCCCACCACCGUCAUGCUUUCCCCGGGAGGAUGGAACGUCGGAAUGCUAUGAGAGCCGUGGGAGAUGCGGGUUGAUUGUACCAGCCGUCCUUAUUGCUCUUCUCCUGGCGUGCAUGCCGGUGGUCAAGGCCAUUGUCGACACGCGGCGGCAGUUGCCCUUAUCGAGUCUGAGACCCGCUAUACGGCAACGGCGACGGUUGUCUACCAAGCGCAAGACGGUUAGAUGGGCGAUAUGAAAUAGACUUUGGUAUUUUAUAUUGGAGUUGUCAAAUUGCCAAACUUUGAUCCUCUCAUGAUUAUUAACGGGAAUGAUAUAUGAUGUUGUGUUGCCAUGUUUUUAACA